AUUUUUUGAUUAUGACAUCAUGACACUCACACGCCCUUAGGAAAGCUCAGGUGAGGUGAAGUUACAGUCGGAGAAAGGUCCACGUCGUAUUAAAUUGUAUUGCAAAGAAUAGACUACACACUCCACCAAAAAUGGCAGACAUGUGGGAUGACUUGGAAAGUAUAGCGAAUGCUCCUUGUUCGUUCACAGCAGCGUCAGGGGAGAAAGGCAGCAUUAAGGCCAAGGCAAACUUCAACGUUAGUGAAGAUGUUGCGGCUCUCCGCAAAGCACUGCAAGGCUUAGGUACAAAUGAGAACACUGUAAUAGACAUACUGACCCACAGAAGCAGCACUCAAAAACAGGCCAUUUGUAGGGCAUACCAAGAAGAAACAAAGAAGAUGCUUGUCAAAGACCUGAAAGGUGACACCAGUGGCAACUUUGAAAAUGUGCUUGUUGCACUCGUAACCCCGCCUGCAGUCUACGAUGCUAAAACGUUGAUCAAGGCAAUGAACGGUGCUGGAACAGACAACAGCAUCCUUAUAGAAAUAUUGUCAUCACGGACAAAUAAACAAAUUAAGGACCUGUCUGCAGCAGUCGCUGAUGAAACAAAGAAAACCCUGACACAGAACCUAAAAUCUGAAGUUUCUGGGCAUUAUGGCAAAGCCAUACUUACGCUUGCUGAGGGUGCAAGGAAUGAAAGCACCAGUGUGAAUGCUGACCAGGCUAGGGAGGAUGCAAAGGCUCUCUAUCAUGCCGGCGAGAAGAAGAUGGGAACUGAUGAGUCCAAGUUCAUCGAGAUCCUCUGUAAAAGGAGCAUCCCUCAACUGAGACAAACAAUAGUGGAAUAUAAAAACAUCAGUGGCAAGACUCUGCAGCAGAGCAUUGAGAAGGAAAUGUCUGGAAACCUGGAGGACCUGCUGGUUGCCAUUGUGAAGUGUGUGCAGAAUACUCCAGCAUACUUUGCUGAAAAACUCCAUAAAAGCAUAAAGGGAGCAGGCACAGAUGAAAAAACUCUGAUCAGAGUAAUGGUCAGCCGUGCAGAGAUUGACAUGUUGGACAUUAGAGCUGAAUACAAAAAGCUCUAUAAGCAUUCACUCCACAAUGCAAUAAGUUCAGACGUGUCUGGGAACUUCGGUGAAUGCCUGAAGAUGAUUUGUGGAGGAGAAGACUAGCACAGAAAUACUACUGACGAUGUCCUGUUUAGUUCCGUCACAUCAGGUCAUUCCAGUGUAGUCAUGUUUCUUUUUCUUUUUUACCCUGUUUACAAAAGCAAGCCCUCAGUGCUUUAAUCUUCUUAUAUCCUUCAUAAAAUGAGCAAUAGCAUUUUUUCAGCUUCCUUUGGAGAUGUAUAAUUUAUAGUUUAUGUCCAGUUCACAAGGACACUGCCAAAAAAGGCUAAUUUGUCAUCAUACUGAUGAGGAUUUAGACUAAACAUCCACUGUUAUUUUGCAACUCUGAUUUGUCAUUUGUGAAUGUUAAAACAAAAAUAUUAUGCAUAUUUAUGUAUUUGAAACAUUUUGUUUAAAAGAAAGUAUACAUUUUUAAUAUAUUACCUUUUUGAGACUAACACCGUGUCUGCACCAGACACGAGCGGCGUGUGGCAUCAAAAGCAAUAGAAUGCAUUAUAAUCAGUGAUGCUGUCUACACUGGAAGUGUCUGUUGCGGUGCUUCGCAUCACGCUGACAGUAAGCGGGUGUCCUGUUCUUUUUUGCUCUGCAGGCAUUGCCGCUACUCCUGACAACAACUUAAAUAAACGGUUUAGAACGUUCAUGUUGACGCGUCCAAUUUAGACAGCCUCAAUCUUCUUAUUUUUGUCCUUCUUACAUUAUGCACAUCAGCAAAGUGUUGUAACAUAUCUGUGCUACUUGAAAAUAAUAUUGUAAAAUUAUUCAUACCAUUUUAUCUAUUUUUUUUUAUUUUUUAUUAUUGGUCAAAUAAACCUUGCCCAUAUCAUUUAAUCAGAUUUUCCCAAAACAUUGUCUUUUAAUUCAUUAUUGAUGGUACAGUUUACCAGAUGUAAAUGUCAUGAAUAAAAAUAGAUAUGUAUGAGUAUGCAUUAGACUUCA